AUGUUCAUCCUAUUAUUAAAGUCUCAAUUGAUUACCCUUGACUUUGACAGCUGCAGUGUGAUGAUCAUCAACGGCUGCACCAAGUAG